AUGGCCCAGAAAUGCGUCCACAAGGGAUGUGGGAAGGUGUUUGAAGAUCCUGAAGAAGAAUGUAUAUACCACCCAGGACCGCCUGAGUUUCACGAAGGACAGAAAGGCUGGAAAUGCUGCAAGCCCCGAGUCCUCACCUUUGACGAAUUCCUCGCCAUCCCUCCGUGCACGACAGGAAAACACUCCACCGUCGACGACACACCCGCACCCGCACCAAAACCCGCGCCUGAAGACGUACCAUCCUCAUCCUCAUCGGCCGUCCCAGUCUUCGCACCCUUACCAAUGACCACCAACACCCUCUCCGCGCCGCAACAACCCACCCCAUCCAGCACACCGAAGCCAGAACCACCACCCGACGAGUCCGACGACCCAGACGCCUCGAUCCCGCCAAGCGCAAGCUGCAAGCGACGCGGGUGCGGGAAGUCACAGGACAGCAGCGUGGCGCGGGACGACGAGGAAUGCACAUACCACCCCGGCGUACCGAUCUUCCACGAAGGCAGUAAAGGCUGGACAUGCUGCAAGCGGCGGGUGCUGGAGUUCGAUGAGUUCCUGAAGAUCGAGGGCUGUCGGACGCGCAGUAGGCAUUGUUAUGUGGGCAAGAAGAAGAAGAUCAGAGAUGCUGAUGACGGUCAUGGUGGGCCUGCAGAGGCAGAGGAGGAGGAGAAGCUACCGACCGUGCGGAACGACUUCUACCAGACCCCGUCCAGUGUCAUUGUCAGUUUCUACCUGAAGAAGAUUGACAAGGCGCGGGCGAAGGUUGAGUUUGCCGAGAGCGGAGAGACGGUCACGCUGGAUUUGCCGACGAGUGAUGGGAAGAGGUUCGCGAGUGUGUUGCCGCUGUUUGCGCCCGUGGAUCCCGAGAAGAGUUCGUUCAAGAUCAUGGGCACGAAGCUUGAGAUGGUGCUGGUCAAGAAAGACGUCGCGAGUUGGUCGUCUUUACGCAAUGAUGAGCAACCUACGGGUGGAAGGAUUCAGCUGGGGCAGGCAGGGCGUGCUGUCUAG